AUGGUUGAUCAUGUACUCUUACUUCAUAUUGGCCCCAUUCGCAAGUUCGAGCUGUUUGCUGAUGAUUUAGCCACUAGAGAUAUUGAUCGAUGGCUUACUCAUCUAUCAAGAAACUCGAUCAAAGAGCUGUCAAAUUUACAUAAGGUUUGGCUCAAACCUCCGUCGACGUUCAAAGGAUUCAGGAGCUUGAAGAGCCUUCAACUUGUGGGCAUCACCAUGGCCCAACAUGUGUUUGAAAAUUUGACAUGUUGCACUCCUCUGCUUGAGAGAUUAAUAUUGCGACAUUGUUAUGGUGUCACCACUCUCAAUAUUGAUGCACCAAAUCUCAAAUUUUUAGAUAUUUCAGGUGUCUUUGAUGUUGUCAAUCCUAAAAGUACCCUAAAUCUUACUGAUGCUUCAAUCGGUGUGACCAUCUAUUCUCCUGUCAGUCGGGUUCCUGUCAGUUGGGUUCCUAGCAGUUCCAGCAAUUUGCUCAAGAUUUUUUAUCACCUCCCUCAUAUUCGAAGGUUCGCAAUUAAGUCGCACUUUUUAAAGUAUUUGUCUCUUGGUGCCUUUCCAGAAAAGCUUCCUAAACCAUGUGAAUAUCUGAAUGUUCUUUCUAUAGACAUAUGCCUUGAUGAUCCGGAUGCAAUUCUAACUGCUCUAUGCAUUCUGAGAAGCUCCCCUGCUCUACAGGAAUUAGAAAUUUUUAUGGAUGCCAGAAAGAAACUCACAAGCAGUCCCACUGUUGUCGAAGAACAGAAAUCUUCUUGUUUAGAUGUGAGCUACAAUUGCACACUUUCUCAACUGCGACUUGUGAAAAUAACUGAGAUCUCUGGUGUUAAAGCUGAACUAGAUUUCAUCAGAUUUCUACUUUUAAGUUCACCUGUGCUUGAGAGAAUGACUGUCACGCCUCAUAAAUUUCCCAAGCCUGUUUAUGUGGAACGUUUUUCGAAACUUGUAAAAGAGCUACUCCAGUUUAAACGUGAAUCAAAACAUGCAGAGAUUAUUCUCCUGGACCCAUAA